AAAUUCCUCCCUGAGAAGGAUUAGACACAUCCACCGGGUAGCUCGGGGUUCUGUCUGUCUCUUUCCCCUCUUCGACGUCUCUGUAAGACUUCCUUGAUAUUUUUUGCCUGUCAUUUUACCUGCUUUCACAUCCCCACCACACACACUCUUUGCCUUCUCUUGCCUGUCCCUCUUUCCUAUCUCACACUCUUUCUGGUUCUCUCCCUGCCUGGAUUUAUUUGUCUCUGGGCAUCUCUUGUCCAGGCUGGCCAUCCUUCCAUUUCCUUCUGUCUUUCGAGAGCCUUUUCCCUCAUCUCUAGCCGGCUCUGUUUGUCCAUUUCUUCUUUUUCCUUUCUUUCUUCCUCUGUUGCUCCCUUUCUUCCUCUCUUUCCUUUCCUCUGUCACUCUGUCUCUGUCUUUCCCUCUCAUGGUUACUUCAUCUCUUUGUGUCUCUGCUUGUCUUCGUUAGUCUCUGCUCUGUGGUUUUUCCAGUGUCUCUCUUUCUCUCGGUGUGUCUCUGGCUUCUUCACUGAUCGUCUCUCCGCCAGUCUCUAUUUUUAUCCCUCUGACACACCCCUUGUGUCCACUUCUCCGUCUGUCUGUCUCUCCCCCUCCCACUUCUCCUCAGGUCCCAGCUCCUGGUCCCAAUUAGUUGGUAGCAGCCAAGGCAGCGGCGGGGCCCCCACCCCCGGCUUCUCAUUACCGCUUGCGGCUCCUAAUGAGCCUGGGGGCGAUGGAGACUCGCCAGGCGCCCAGGAACUCCCGGGUGCGGCUGCUGCUGCUCUUCUUGCUGCUUGUGCCCUGGGGCGUCCGCACUGCCUCAGGCUUCGCCCUGCCCCCCGCGGGCGUCUUCAGCCUCCGCUCCCCUGGCCGGGCCUGGAUGGGUCCCGCCACCCCGCUGUCGCGGCGAAGCCUGGCGCUGGCGGACGACGCGGCCUUCCGCGAGCGCGCGCGGAUGCUGGCCGCCCUCGAGCGCCGCCACUGGCUGAACUCGUACAUGCACAAACUGUUGGUGCUGGACGCGCGCUGAGAGCCCGCCCCCCCCCAUUAAUAAAGACCCUGCUGUGCUUCCGAA